CUAUCGUCAUUGUCACUCUUGAUCACUCUACAUUGUUGAUAUUGAUGUAAUUUCAGUAUUCGAAAUCAUCAGGCGCAAUGAGAUCACUGAGAUGCAGUCAUUUAUUUUACGGACCAGUCAACGACUUACUUUUCUGUAAGGGGAGUCUCUCUACUCACUGUAGGUUUUCGCGGCCGUCCCUUGCGCUCACUGUAGGUCCUCGCGAGUGUUCCCUACCUUCUCCGUACAGGUCCUGCGUUUCAGUUAGUUCGACACCAACGUACUUACAAGUGCACAGGAGGCGAGAUAUUAUUUGAAUUUAAAAUAAUUACACCAGAACGCUGAAAAAGAGACUGAAACUUUUGCACACCCUCAAUAGAUGACGAGUGGGAUUAAAGGGUAUCUUCUUUUGGGGUUUUAAUUCAAAAAGUAGAAAUCUGAAUGUAAGGGUAUUAUCACUUACACUAUAAUAAUACUUAUUAGAAAAAUAUUUCUUUUAACUAUAGUUCUUGCGAUAUGAUAUUCGUAAUUAUAAUUAAUGUAAUUAUAAUCAAUGUACAAAUAACAAUUACAUCAAUUAUACAAUUUACAAAACGUACUUUCUAACAUAGGGGUGAGCAAUUCUUAUUCUUCAAAUUUCUUAAAUUUCUUUGAAUUCUGCACAAAAAAAUCGAGCGACUUUACUGUGAGUCGCCGGAUGAAUAUACUCAUUCGGAAUUGUGAGGAGUGAAUCCGAUCUAUCUCACCGUCAGAAAAAUAUUCUAAUCGAUCGAGACAUUCGCCUAUAUGGCUGCACGGAGGACGCUAUUCCAAGUCAUACUAAUUUUACUACGUAACGCGUCACUUAAAACCCCACAACUUUCGUACGGAACAUUUUUUUCAUAAAUGCGUAUCUUUCGAAAUAUUAAGAAGUUCUGACACUUUCUGUACACCCGUAUAAAGCGCUAUAUUUACCAAACCAUAGCGAAUAGAAGUUUAUACAUAUAUUAUGUAUUCUACUCAAGCUCAUCUCUCACCUCCUAGUUGAUUUACCUGAUCUUUUGAUAUACUCUGUAAACAAUCCGCGACAUUUGAUUAAAAGCAGUGGUAUUUUUCUUGUAACGUUGUUUAUUGAACUUUAAACUAAUAUGUCCUAUGUUUCUACAGAUAGUAGAUGUUAUUUCAUGAAAGUUCAGACAGAUCAUAUAUUUACUUUAAAAAUAUUUUAUUUUUCGAAAAAUAAUGCAAAUUCUUCCCCGUCACUUGACUAAACGCAUGACAAUUAAGUCACAAAAAAACAAGAUUAUUCCAUUAGGUUUUAAUAGCAAUUAUAAGUUCUUCUUGCGACGAGAAUUGGCGAUUAUUCAGAUAUUUAUUCGCUUUACUCGUUUCUGUCUAUUCAUUAGAAUAGCCUUCUUCUUUUAACACGUUCCGUGCCGGACCGAUUUUUGGAGACUCCGUUCAGGCCGCGUGGGGCAUGCACGCCCCGCGCUACGAUAAACGCGGUAUACAUGAUAUUAAGAUGCCUUUACUUGACUUUACAAUAAAUAAAUAAAAAAUACUUCGUUUUUCAAUGAGAAUUCGAAACGGCCUGAACGGAAAGUUCAGCGUGGGGCGUCCCACGCGGCACGGAACGUGUUAAUAUUUUCACUUUUCCUAUUACUUUAGAUCACAAUUGUUUACCCUACCCAUAAUUUGUAUGGAUAAUUUUAGAACACGCUUUCUUCUAGAAGUAUAGAAGUUCAAAAUCUGUUGUUACUAAACAACAGAUAUUGACAGAUAUGGCGGCGGUCAUAAACAAUGGAAAAUCGAGAUGCGUUUGUUCAAGUGACGCGAGAGAGUUGAUAUUAUUAUUUGAAAAACGAAAUAUUUUACAAUAAAUAUGUAAUUUGUUGAAACAAAUAUCUGAAUCUUCAUUAAAUAACGUUUACUAUUUGCAGGAAACAUAGGAGAGCGCGAGCAUGGCAUUGUAAACAGCAUACCGGUCUACCAUGCUUAGAGGUCGCGGGUUCGAUCCCCUGUAAAGCCAGACAAUUUCCAUACGCUCGUGUCUCCUCUGGACGGUCUGGCAAGCCACUGGAGUAUAUUUGCUCAAAGCAACUCACGCAAGAAGUAUGCCGUUCGGAGCUGGCGUUAAACUGCAGAUCCCAUAUGCCUGUGUACAAUCAGCGUACGCAACACAGCCAUAUGUAUGCACAAGAGGAAAAACAGACUCGUAAGGAGGAAGAGGAAGAAGAAACAUAGGAUACAUUAAUUCGAAGUUCAAUAAACAACGUUAUAGGAAAAAUACCACUGCGUUGAAUUAAGUGUCGCGGACUGUAUAUAUACAUAUAUAUAUAUACACGUAAAUGGACACCAUGCGCGAACAGGUUGCGGCUACAGUUGGUCGACAGUCCUCGAUACGCAAAGACGUAGGCAUGGCGGAGACGGAGAAGCCGCGUGUGGCCAUCGUUGGAGGCGGUUUGGUCGGUGCAUUGGCCGCGUGUUUCUUCGGCAAGAGAGGUCAUCGAGUAGCUGUCUAUGAGUACCGGUCAGACAUACGAGUAGACGCCAUGCAGGGUCAGAGUAUUAAUCUGGCGCUGUCGUUACGCGGCCGAGAGGCUCUGAGGGCGGUUGGUCUCGAGGACGAUCUGGUGAAGAGCCACGGUAUACCCAUGCGCGGCAGAAUGGUCCACGAUAAGGACGGCAGUUUGAAGGAGUUCCUUUACGACAGUGUCAGGGGAAAUUUCAUUUAUUCCGUCAAUAGGCGACAAUUGAAUGUGGUUCUGCUGGACGCCGCGGAAAAGUACCCGGUGGUGCGAUUGAACUUUAAUAAAAAACUUGUGGACGCCGAUCUGGAGGAGGGAAGGAUGAAAUUUUUCAGCACGAAAACAGGCCAGAUAGAAAACGCGGAGGCCGACCUGAUAAUCGGUGCCGACGGGGCGCACUCGACGGUGCGGAGGAUUAUGGUCAAGAGGCGGUACUUCAAUUUCGCCCAGACGUACAUCAAACACAAGUACGUGGAAUUGACGGUGCCAGCCGGAGAGAAUAAGGAGUUCCGGAUGAGCGGCCGGAAUCUGCACAUUUGGCCGCGCGGUGAGUUCAUGAUGAUCGCGUUGCCGAACGAGGACCGCUCGUUCACCGGCAAUCUGUUCGCGCCGUUCGACGUGUUCGAGAAGCUGAAGACGCCCGAGGCGGUGUCGAGCUUCUACGCGGAACAGUUCCCCGACCUGAUGCGACUGAUGGGCGAGCCGAAGCUGCUCGAGGACUUCUUCCUCUCGGAACCGAAGCCGCUGAUAUCGAUACAGUGCGAGCCUUUUCACGUUGGGAAAACCGCUCUUCUGGUUGGCGACGCCGCCCACGCGAUGGUUCCCUUUUACGCUCAAGGAAUGAAUACUGGUUUCGAAGAUAUUUUAAUACUCGAUGAACUGAUGGACCAGUACGAUUCGGAUCUUGCUGAGGUUCUGCCGAGAUUCUCGGAAUUGCGCUGCGACAACACUCAUGUGAUAUGCGAUCUUGCUAUGUAUAAUUAUAUCGAGAUGAGAAACUUACUGUUGACGAGAAAUUUCCGCUUUCGAAAAUUCAUAGAUCACAUUUUGUACACCCUCGUCCCCAAAUUCUGGAUACCGCUUUACAUCUCCGUGCAAUUCACUCGUAUGAGUUUUCGCGACUGUAUGAUCAAUAAAAAAUGGCAGGACAAGAUGUUGAGAACGGCUUUUUGGUUUCUCGGAUUCUUCUCGAUUCUCAUUAUUUUCUUCUUCUCCUUCGCGUGAUAUCUUGCGAAUGCGUUAGCUUGCGUGAAGUAUGCUUAAAACUAAUUUAAUAAUGGAAACCACAAAAAUAACACAAAGAUUACGUAAUUGAAUUAAUAUGAUAAUCACUGGACUUAUGUGUUCCUCUGAAAAUCACUUUAUAAUACUCUGAAAAGCACUUUUUGUAGUAAGUUUCUCUUGCAGCUAAUUAUCUUGUGUAAGCUUGUAUGUAUCAACGUGUUUUAAAUAUGGAAUUCUUCUAACAAUUAUAUAAUUCUUGUUAACGCAUAUUGUAUGUGUUAUUUAUUAAUAUAUUUAUAUUAAUAUUUAACUUUCGCCAUGAGCAACAGUCAUUUCGUAUAAAACAUGUUAUAAAAUAUGUCACAGAAAUUAUAAAAAUGUGACAAGGAACUGCUACAUGUACAAUGCAGCAAGCAACACGUGAUAUUAUAUAUCACGAUAGGUUAUUAUAUUAUAUAAUAACCUGGACAAUAAUAUGAUAAUUGGAUCCAACAAAUUCUUGCGGUUGUAAGUUCCCAUGUAACUAGCGACAGACAUCAGUAUAUUGAACUUUGAAUUUCAAACCUUGAACCUGUCGUUAGAUAUAACAGCUGUCAUAUACUUGUAGAUUAGGCCACUCUGAAUAAAAAAGUUCUGUACCGUUUUGCAAAUAAUACGCAAA